UGCCUUGAACAUCCAUCGUCAUAUGACCCAUUCUGUUGAGUCUCUAGAGCUUGGGCCUUAUUUGUCUGUUCUAAAGUAGUUCCGUGGAGUGAGUGUGUGCAGAUAGUCAUCACAUUUUUGGGACCUGUAAAUACUCCCACAUUACACAUCAAAAUGUCAUCGCCAGCAGCUGAUAACCCUGCCUAUGGACCCUUCUUUGGAGUUAUGGGGGCGGCGUCUGCUAUCAUCUUUAGCGCGCUGGGAGCCGCCUAUGGCACGGCCAAGUCCGGCACGGGUAUCGCCGCUAUGUCGGUGAUGAGACCCGAGCUCAUCAUGAAGUCCAUCAUUCCCGUUGUCAUGGCGGGUAUUAUAGCCAUCUACGGCCUCGUAGUGGCUGUACUCAUCGCUGGUGCGAUGGACCAACCCUCUGCGGGUUACACCCUCUACAAGGGCUUCAUCCAUCUUGGAGCUGGUCUGGCCGUAGGCUUUUCGGGUCUGGCAGCCGGUUUCGCCAUAGGCAUCGUGGGAGAUGCCGGUGUACGUGGUACCGCGCAGCAACCCAGGUUAUUCGUCGGCAUGAUCCUUAUCCUCAUUUUCGCUGAGGUAUUGGGUCUAUACGGUCUCAUUGUCGCCAUCUACCUGUACACUAAACAGUAAAUCUGCAUUACACUUCUCCCGUCGCCCGUGCUCCGAGCCUCUAUGCUACAGAAUCUGCUCAGUCGACACGCGCACAGGGAGUUGUCGCCGGUAGCGACCCUAACGACCGCAUAGGGCCUCGGAGCACUUCCAUGUGUAUUAUAACUUGUUGAGUACUUGAACUUUAAAUCAUUUAUAUUUUGCCGCAUAGCUCCGGCACGGCGUGACUUAGAUGCUGUAAUCGCUCCGUGCCCUGAGCCGUGGCUUGUAUAAAAUAUAUUUUUUAUCCAAUGAUACAUUUUUAACUUCCCAAUUCAAUCAUGUUUUAAUGCUACCGCGCGAUGACAGUAUUUUAUUUUUUAAUUUAUUUUCUGCCGUUUUGUUUCCCGGUGACAGGAGAACUAUGUUUCACCUAUCGACAUAUCAAUUUUUUGUUUGCGCGUUCCUUCCCUCGUGAGAAAUUACACCAUCUGACGAUAUCACUUUUAGAUUAUUUUAGCGUUAAGGCGAAACUAAUGUACAGUUAGAGUAGAACGAGUAUCUUAAAUAAUUUAUGAAUCGUUAAACCCCCACGGUACUGUGUACCACCAUCUUUGCUGAGAAUGUUGAGGUAAAACCUGGCUUAAGUACUACAUGCUGUAUAGCUUUCUGUGUUAUAGUGGAUGUAUCUUAUUACUUGUAUCGUUAUGGGCCUGUAAAUGUUAUUUACACUGUUCUCUCUUGAAGUGACCACUGACGAAAGCGAGUCACAAACAUUGUAUUAUUGCCAGGAAUCCGUAAAUAAACAUGAUUUGUACAUUCCAUAUUAUUUUGUUUCUACUUAUUA